CAAUAUGAGUAGUGAAGACUGGAAUUUACGGGACGUCGAGUUUUUAUUUUGACACUGCGAUUGAACGGAGUUGGCACGAUGCCAUUAUGUUGACGUCUUUAUCGGGACUGCGGCGCGUAUGGCGUACACGUGUGUACGCUUAGCCUCGAUCGUGAAAAAGUAUGCACAAUCGAUAAGUCGCGCGCGUACGUAGAUAAAAGCAUCGCAAGACUCGUAGGAAUAAGGAGGCGGAAGUCCAACGGGCUCGAAUUGUCCGGCCUCGGUUAUAACGCACGUGUGCCCACUAAUGAUUAUGCGCGUGUGCUGGCUCGUGGGUACGAAUGACUCUACGUUUGCGCGCUGGUGCGUGUGCUCGACGAUGGCGAAUUCCUUCCAAUUUCACGACAUGGUUAGGCGUUAACGGUCCAGGGAGCCUGCAAGCGAAGUGGUGGGAGCUUUGACGAUUGACGCGAUUGUUAUGCGCGGGGUGGACGGAGGAACGAGGACGGGACUGUCGAGCAAGGCCUCCGUCGUCCAGCUGUAUUUGUUUAUUUAGCCGUUCGAUUAUUAAAUUAUCCUCGUGGUCACCUUGCGCGUCCUUUGAUUGAUGAAGCGAGUAGGAGGAAAUUGGCGUACCAUCGCCGCUGGCAUUACGAAGCUGGAGCAACAGUUGAAGAAAGCUGGCUCGAAUACGGAACACGGCGAUGAGGUUAGAGGAGAUGCCAUUGCGGCUGAGCUCCGACGAGCGGGAUUUUGAAAUGGAUGAGGAAACCGAUUAUCUUUUGCAGCCGGCGGAAGAUAGUAUACGCAUGAUGACGAGCAAUAGGAAUCGUCACGGACGACUGUCCAAAUGCUCCCAAUUGCUCAAGCACAUCUUGUGUGGAUGCUGUACAUGGAUGUGGCGACGAUGUUGCAAAGAAAAAGAAUUGAGGGCAAGAACUAUACAAAUUGGUCAGCUAAUGUACGAAAAGUUUCCAACAAAUGUCAUUCGUAACCAAAAAUAUAGUAUUAUUACUUUCUUACCAAUGGUUCUAUUUCAACAAUUUAAAUUUUUUCUCAAUCUCUAUUUUUUAUUAAUGGCCAUUUCCCAAUUUAUACCAGACAUUAGAAUUGGAUAUUUAUAUACAUAUUGGGGACCAUUAUGUUUUGUUUUGGCAGUCACACUCUGCAGAGAGGCUGUGGAUGAUUGUAGAAGAUAUAAGAGAGAUAAAGAAGUUAAUGGUCAAAAAUAUUAUAGAUUAGUUAAAGGUUUUAAUACACCAGAACUGGUACCAAGUUCAAAAUUAAGAGUCGGAGAUUUAGUUGUUGUAGAAAAAGGUCAGAGAGUGCCAGCAGAUCUUGUUCUUUUGAGAACAACAGAAAAGUCUGGUGCUUGCUUUGUACGAACUGAUCAACUGGAUGGAGAAACUGAUUGGAAACUGCGAUUAGCAGUACCAACAACGCAAAAAUUAGACGGAGACUCUCAGCUAUUUGAUAUUAAAGCUAGUCUUUAUGUAGAAAAGCCACAAAAAGAUAUUCAUAGUUUUAUUGGUACAUUUACAAGAUAUGAUGGAUAUAGCAGUGAAGAAAGUCUUGGGGUUGACAAUACAUUGUGGGCAAAUACAGCAAUUGCAUCAGGCUCAGCAUUAGGAGUUGUUGUUUAUACAGGACAGGAAACAAGAUCAUUAAUGAAUCAUUCGGCACCAAGAUCUAAAGUUGGUUUACUCGAUGAAGAAAUUAAUCAAUUAACAAAAGUUCUGUUUUGUGCUGUUAUUGGUUUGGCUUUAGUUAUGAUGUGUUUGAAAGGAUUUAGUGGUCCAUGGUAUCGCUAUAUGUUCCGCUUUGUAUUACUUUUCUCUUACAUAAUUCCAAUCAGUCUUCGAGUAAACUUAGAUAUGGGAAAAACGUUUUAUGCUUGGUGCAUCCAAAGAGAUAAAGAUAUUGCUGGCACAGUUGUAAGAACUACUACAAUUCCGGAAGAACUUGGCAGAAUAUCAUAUUUAUUGAGUGACAAAACUGGUACUUUGACACAAAAUAAAAUGGUGUUUAAGAAAUUGCAUUUGGGAACUAUCUCUUAUGGACAAGAUUCUUUUGAUGAAGUGUCUUCUGUUUUACAAACUUUUUAUACUAUUGAUUCCGAAUCUUCACCGAUAAAGGUAUCGACUAAUACAUAUUCGGGAAAAGUUAGAAGAUCAGAAAACACAAGGAUUUACGAAGCGGUACAUGCACUAGCUUUAUGUCACAAUGUUACACCUGUGUACGAUGAUGUCAAAAAUAAAGAUCUUAAUAGUAAACUCGAUACUGAUAGUGUUGAAACUGUGGAAACUAAUUCUGUUCGAAGUCAACCAGAAGGAGAUAGUAAUUAUAAUUCAGAUCAAGGACUUACGUACCAAGCAUCAAGUCCAGAUGAAGUAGCCUUAGUUAAAUGGACCGAAGAAGUUGGUUUGGCAUUAAUAAAACGAGAUUUAAAUACCAUGCAACUUAAAGCUCCAAAUGGCAAACUUUUAAAUUAUACGAUUCUGCAAAUUUUUCCCUUUACUUCCGAAACAAAAAGAAUGGGUGUUAUCGUUAAAGAAGAAUCGACGAAUGAAAUUACGUUUUAUUUGAAAGGCGCUGACGUUGUGAUGGCUGGAAUUGUACAAUACAAUGAUUGGCUAGAAGAAGAAUGCGGAAAUAUGGCUAGAGAAGGUUUUCGUACACUCGUUGUAGCAAAAAAGAAUUUGACUGAAGAGCAGUACUUAGAUUUUGAAGCAAGAUACAAUGCCGCAAGAAUGUGUGUCACUGAUCGUGUGUCAAGAGUUACUGCCGUAAUUGAGAGUCUUGAACGAGAAAUGGAAUUACUGUGUGUUACAGGAGUCGAAGACAAAUUACAGGAUAAAGUUAGAUCUACGUUAGAAUCUUUAAGAAAUGCAGGAAUAAAGAUUUGGAUGUUAACCGGAGAUAAACUAGAGACCGCAACUUGUAUAGCGAAAUCUUCGAGACUUGUUUCUCGAACGCAGGGUCUCCAUGUAUUUAAAUCAGUUGUAACAAGAACAGAUGCUCAUUUAGAAUUAAAUAUAUUCCGGAAAAAGCAAGAUUGCGCCCUUGUUAUAAGUGGUGAUUCUCUGGAGGUAUGCCUACAGUAUUACGAGGAUGAAUUUUUGGAACUCGCAUGUGGUUCACCAGCUGUAGUUUGUUGCCGCUGUUCGCCAACGCAAAAAGCUGAGGUUGUUAGCUUAAUACAAAGGCAUACCGGCAAAAGGACUGCUGCUGUUGGCGAUGGUGGAAACGAUGUCUCUAUGAUUCAGUCUGCUGAUGCUGGUAUUGGUAUUGAAGGUCUUGAAGGUAGACAAGCAUCUUUGGCUGCUGAUUUUUCAAUUCAACAGUUUAGUCAUUUGGCAAACUUGCUACUUGUUCAUGGUAGACGAAGUUAUAAAAGAUCCGCCGCUCUGAGUCAAUUUGUUAUACAUCGUGGUCUAAUUAUUUCAACAAUGCAGGCUGUAUUUUCCGCUGUAUUUUACUUCUCGUCAGUUCCACUCUAUCAAGGAUUCUUAAUGGUUGGAUACGCAACUAUAUAUACCAUGUUCCCUGUUUUCUCACUUGUUUUAGACAAAGAUGUGUCUGGAAAAAUAGCUUUGACUUUUCCAGAGCUUUAUAAAGAUUUAAGCAAAGGUCGGUCAUUGUCGUAUAAAACAUUUUUCAUGUGGGUUUUAAUCAGCAUUUACCAAGGCGGUGUUAUAAUGUAUGGUGCGUUAAUUAUGUUUGAAGAUGAAUUUAUUCAUAUAGUUGCUAUAAGCUUUUCAGCUUUAGUUUUAACAGAAUUGAUUAUGGUAGCUUUGACAAUUAGAACAUGGCAUCAUAUAAUGGUUCUUGCAGAAGUUUUCUCUUUGGCCUUAUACAUGCUAUCACUAGUUGUCUUGAAAGAUUAUUUUGAUGCCGAAUUUAUUAAAACGCCAGAUUUCUUAUGGAAAGUAGUGGUUAUAACUCUCGUAUCUUGUAUGCCUCUUUACAUACUUAAACUGUUGAGGAAAAAGUUUUCUCCGCCAAGUUACACAAAGUUAUCAUAGAAAUUGUCGUCAGUAAAUAAAAUUCAAAUAUACAUUUUUGCCUUGAAUGUAAUAUUUCCAACAGAAGUUAAUCUAUUUUAAAAAUCACUGAUCCGAUUAACUUAUUGUAUAAUCGUUUUUAAAAUAACAUCGUAUAUCGAUGAUGUGGCAUUUGCUACUAAUUUUUUAUUAUACGAAGCAAUUAGUAGCCUCAUAUCCACAAAUUCUAUCUAAUUUACUUGUACAUGGUAAAUCUAUUCACAACGAGCCAGACAUGAGUUGAUCAAGAGUUGAUAUCGGCUCUUGGAUAUUUGAUAAGGAG